AUGCCGCCCGUUCGGCCGCACCUUUCCGUCACCCUGCCGAAGAACUUCACCUUCCACUACUCGGAGGGUGAGCUGCCCAAGACGCCCGAACCCACCGGCGUCGAGACGCCCACCGAGCCGCCUCAGAUUCCCCGUCAAGCUUACCGCGUGAGGCGCCGGAGGCAGGCCCUUCCAACUUACGCUCCCACGAACUUCGAAAACGCGUCAAAGGAUCUUCCGAUUCCAACCAUUGAGGCGCCGGAACCCGGAGACGAAGUGCCUUACGCGCCUUUCUCUGACACACCCUCGGAGCCGGAGCCCGACUUUCUUUCACCAAACCCCCCUGAAGUUCGCCUGAUUUCUCCCCCGAAGACGCCCAUCCAUCAGAUAGGCAUGGACUGCAGCAGUUUUGUGGCUUCCCACAGUGACCUUGACAGCCACAGCCAGGCUGAAAGCUUCAGUCGCCCGUCUUCUGCGUGCUCCGGAAUUUCCGAUUCUUCCGUCUCAUCUCGCGGUAGCAUGGACUCAUAUCCUUCGUAUGGUGGCAGUUGCACGACUCCAGAGAGCGAGGACGCCGAUCCAUUUGUCUUCCCGACUAGCAAGAUCAAUCAGAUCCCCCCUUCUUCGCCCCUUCAAGCGUACGCGGAACGCCCAACCAAGCGCUUGAGGACGCGCAAAGACACGGUCUGGACCAGAGAGAUGGACAAUCAUCUCUGGCUGACGUACAUGAUGGCUCUACAGGACCCCACUGUGACCCCGUUCAAGAUGCUACCAGGCACAGUACCACCUCUCGGAAUCUGCACUCGCGUUGCGCGUCAGGCAAAGAAGACAUGGAAGGGAGCGCUGGCCGCCGGCCGUAUCAUUGGCCACCCCGACACUGGCAAGCAUGCCUUCAGCGAUAGUCAUCCUUCAGCCACCCAUGGAAUCCCCAGACCUGGCCUCAAAUGGCCCCGUUCCGAAGCUGCUGCAAGGGGAAGGUUGAGGAUCCUUUCCAAGAAGCAGCCAAUGCUUGCUGCCCACUACCAACGGCUUCUUCAGACCAGAACCCCCUCACCAUUUCCUUCGUCUCCUCAGUCGAGUUCCAGCUCUGGCCCGGUGCCAUUAAUAUCCCCUUUCCGACCUAUCGAGCGUGAACCGCCGCCUACGUUCUCCACGCGCGACAUGAAUGUCUCUUUAGCGACGAGCACCUCUACGACUAUGCAGUUUGGUAACCCCCUGCAUGCGCUAGCGACCGAAGAUACGCAGGGCCAAGGGUGGCGCAACCACCAGCAUGCACGUUCUAAUGCCCACCAGAAGAGCCAAUCCCUCCAACUUGGACUUGGACUUGGCAGCCCUGUCUCCCACGACGAUUCCAGCUCGUCUCUUGCAUCUCCAUUUGUGGGUAUGUCUCGAUCUUAUUUCAAGCACGAGUCGUCAAAGGAAACUCCUAGACCUGUCUCACAGCCUGUAACACGACCAAGCUUGGACUCGCCCGUUGAACUGCAUGCACCCGUUCCAAUCACUCGGUCUUUCAAGCGAAGGGCUCAUCAAUACCUGGAAGACAUGGUCAAUGGCGAAAACCCGGAGAGAGACCAGAUGGGCCAGAACUUCCUCCACGAGUUGUUUGGUGCACCGGCGGAUACAAGCCAUCGUCGAAUCCGCAGCCGUGGCUUCAGCCUUGGUGACAUGGGAUCGGGAGCUAGACAGCUGUCUAACCUCUUCACGCCCCCUCCAUCCUUCGACCAGGGCAGUACUGAUCAUGAUUCACUCUUGAGUUCGAAUCCGCCUACGGACGAGGCUAACAUAACCACAUCCACUUCAAUUGAUCCAAGGAGACGGCUGGGCUCGCCUUUCCAAGGCGGUGCCUCGCACACUUGGAACAACACUUUCCCCCGAGUUCUUACCCCCCGCAUGUUUGAGUCGUCGGCCUCAUUCGAGGAGCGCUUUGGUGGGCUUGGUGGCUAG